AUGGGGCAGGUCAUGUGCAGAAGAUGCUGUCCCUGUUGUCCCUGUUGUCCACCCAACCCGGAACCCCCUACAACUUCCCCCCAUUUGGACAUCACUCAGCCCAGUGAAGAUAAGAAACCCCCCAGGCCCACAUUCCAGUCAUUUAUCAAACCCCACACAAAUGAGGAAAUCGAUGGGGACAAGAGGUCCAUCAGAACCCCAAAACCUUCUAAGGGGUUCAUCGACCUGAAAAAAGAGGACAACAUGCUGGGGGGUCAGGACAACAUAGGAUUUGAAGGGACACCGGACCCUGAUAAUGAUUCAGGGACUGAACCCCAACCCCCGGGCAUCGAAAUUGAACUGAUCAUCCCUACGUAUGUGACCCAUCCUCCACACACACAACUGGACCCUGUGCCAAGGGCCACAACGUCUGGGAAUAGGUUGAGCAACCUGAGCAGGGCCACCAAGGUCUCAACCUACAGCUAUAAGCCGCGCUCAUCCCAGGACCUGGACAUAAAGAAGGGACAACAUGUGGAAAUUAUCGAAGACCGAGGGGAAUGGGUGAUCGCCCGCACCCUCAAUGGUAACGGAGAAAGCACAACCGGGUUCAUCCCCACAAACUUCCUGGCCAAUGAGGGGAGUCUGGAGGCUGAGGACUGGUAUUUUGGAUCCAUGACAAAACUAGAUGCCAAGCGCUAUCUGCUGCAGGAAGAGAACCGCUCCGGCUCCUACCUCAUGUGGAAGAAGGAGGAAGAUGAUUGUUAUUACAUCUCAGUGCGUGAGGAGCAGAAUGUGAGACACUACAGAGUCCAUCAGUCCAGGAAUGGCUCCUUCUACCUAGUGGAGAGGGCUUCUUUUUCCAGUCUGAAGGGUCUUGUCCAAUAUUACUGUCAACAAUGCGACGGACUCUGCACCAAGCUGGAGAAUCCAUGUGUCAAGCUGGAUCUUCCGACUGUGGAAAGCAUAUCCCACACCACCAUAGACCAGCUGGAGAUCGACCCCAGCUCUAUACAGAGGGUCCGCAAGCUGGGCAGCGGCAGGUUUGGCACGGUGUGGCUGGGCUUAUGGAACGGAACCACAGAAGUAGCGGUUAAGGAACUUCAAGUCACUGCGGAGUCCCUGCACAAGACUAUGCACGGAGAAGCGGAGACAAUGUGGAAGCUGAGCCACGAGAAGCUGCUGAAGUUAUACGCGGUGUGUCUGCAGACCAACCCAGUCUUCAUAGUGACGGAGUACAUGCCACAUGGUAACCUCAAGAAAUAUCUGCAAGCUCAUCAGAAGGAGAAGGACUUGCCCUUUCCUCAGAUGGUGGAUUUCGCUGUCCAGAUUUGCCAAGGAAUGAAGUACAUGGAGCAGAAGGGCUGUGUCCACCGAGACCUGCGCUCUGAGAACAUCCUCCUGUCCGCCAUGAUGUCCUGCAAGAUCGGAGACUUUGGCCUGGCACGUUUCAUGGAUAGCACCUCCAUCGCUGUCACUGCAGACGCACAGAUUCCCAUUAAAUGGACGGCCCCAGAGGUUUUCCUAAUGCAGAAAUACACCAGCAAGUCUGACUUAUGGUCCUUUGGGGUCCUGCUGGUAGAGAUAGUCACCUACGGAAAAAGUCCCUUUCCAAAUAAAAACAACGGGCAGUACCGCCAGGAUAUACUCAACAACAAACCUCUGACUCCUCCCCCCGAGAGCCCCGAGGACAUCUCAGACAUCAUGAGAAUGUGCUGGAGAUACCGGCCUGAGACCCGACCCUCCUUCUUUGAGAUCCAGCAGUUUCUCAUGGAUCUCCUGAGCCCUAUGUUGGGCGACGACGCGGUGGAGUGAGCACGCUCUGUGGAUCAGCUGACGGGCGGCACAUCUAUCACAGAACGACGUCCUAUAAACUUGCCACCUGGUGUCCUAAACCAACCAUAUAACGGAGGACACCUACUGUACAGGGCCCUCUAAUCAGAAAUCAUGUGGGGUGGGUACUGAGGCCAUGUGACCACCUCACCGUAUGGUAGACAUUGUGGAGACACCAGACAUAGAGGGAGGUCUCGCUGCCCAUAGAUUACGGUAUAAACUGAGCCAACUCUAUAGAUCACAUGAUGUGUAUCAGCGACAUGUCCUGGGGUGGGUUCUAAUCACUACAAGAGCCACCCAACUGUCCCACCCCACUGUCCCACACUACUGACCCACCCCAUUGUCCUGCACCACUGUCCCACCCCACUGUCCCUCGCCAUUGUCCCGCACUACUGACCAACCCCUUUAUCCUGCACCACUGUCCCGCACCACUGUCCCGCACCACUGUCCCGCACCACUGUCCCGCACCACUGUCCCACACUACUGACCUACCCCAUUGUCCUGCACCACUGUCCCACCCCACUGUCCCUCGCCAUUGUCCCGCACUACUGACCAACCCCUUUGUCCCGCACUACUGACCAACCCCUUUGUCCCGCACCACUGUCCCGCACCACUGUCCCACACCACUGUCCCACACCACUGUCCCACACCACUGUCCCACACCACUGUCCCACAC